ACAGAGGAAUUAAAUUGCUUUGCUGUCAAUAUUGUUGCUUUCUUUUUGUGUUUUUGUGGACCAAAACUUGCAAGUUUUAAGUGAAAAUAUACCUAAUUAUUCCAUUUACAUAGUUUUCUGCACAGUUACAAAAUGGAUACAAAUAGACUACCGAAUGAUCAAAAGCUGGCACUGUGCAAAUGGUACUUUAAAGUGGGUUGUGCAUUCCUGCCAUUUGUGUGGGCGGUGAACGCGUGCUGGUUCUUCAAACACGCCUACCUGAAGCCAGAGUUUGAGGAACAACCUCAGAUUAAGAGAUACGUGAUACUAAGUGCAGUUGGAGCGUUGAUCUGGGCGGCAAUACUGGCUACCUGGAUCACAAUAUACCAGACACAGCGCGUGUCGUGGGGCGCCACCGGAGACGCUUUAUCCUUUAUUGUGCCUUUAGGAAGACCUUAAGUAUAGUAAACAAAAAAUUGUUCGCCCCCAACACAAACUGUGAAACCAUACUAUGAAAGUGUUUACUGGGUAAUAACUACAGUCAGCAUCCAAUAGAUAGGGUAUGUAUUAAUUAGUUAGGCUAGCACAAGAUAAUAAUGUGCUGUCUAUUUUUUAGAUGGUAUAAUAAGUAUGUACUUUCUUUAAGGGGGUGUAGACUAGAGUAUUUACUUGUAAGUCGAUUUUUUUGAGCUUUCACAUUAUUUGUAGAACAUUCCAUGUAAUAAAUGUGAUAUAAUAUUGAUAUGCUUGAGUAAAUGCUCUCUAGUUUAUAUUAUACCUAAAUGCAUUAGGAUUACGACCUAUCCUUGGGGUGGCUCAUAGUACCUAUACUAAUUUAAAUAAUAAAUAGUAAGUUAUUAAUGUGAUGUAAAUUUCAUUUGAAGAGCAAUUGAAUAGGAAUAUUCUUUAAAUUCUUAGAAAUAUUGAAUAAUAGUUUUAUUAAUUAAGGACUACUACUUAUUUAUUAUAAUUUCAUAAUUAAACUGUUUAAUCAAUUAAU